AUGUCCAAUGCAGUAGACAGUACAGCAGGAGGAGGCAGCGGCAGCGGCCCAGUUCAACUUCAAGUUGAGAUCACUGGUAUUGCAAACUCGAUAUUCAGACUUGGUAUUGACACUCUCAUGCGGGUUUUCGAUGCCAGGAUCGACGCGGGUACUUUCUGCAUUGCAUCCAAAGUAUGCGAAGCUAUCGAAUGCACCGAGAAGGGCUUGAAAAGAUCCAACGAUGCAGUCACCAACGCACCUGUCCUGGAAAGCUUUCAAAAGCUCAUUUGGUUUGGCUUUGGGAUCAAGAGCCCGAUCCAAAUCCUGCGCGCAACAGAUGAUGGCUCCAGGUUCGCAGCUCUGAGCGCCUGCCAUCUAGCUGAGGCAUAUUCGAGAGAUGCGCCUGGUCGCAUCAUGCAUUCAUUUCUACGAAAACUGGUAUCCGAUUUAAGAUCUGACAUACCAAUGCCGUCGCCGAAACAGGUGAGUAUCAUGGUGAGCAAAUGUGAUGGGGUUUUUGCUUUGGGAGAAUUUCCUGUCAAGGCAGAGAAGAUGAUGUCGUUUGAUGGGGAAGCAAUUGUUGGACAGCAUACAUGGCCACAUGAUAAGAGCACUACACGUAUCACUCGUGGCAUUGCAAGUCCUGAGGAUGUAGCUGGGGCACUGCAUAAAAUCGUGAAGUUGAAGAGAGGGGAAUACUCUCAUUUAACGUUUAUUGGUGUCGCCGAUGCUGCCCUUGUCGCGGCUAUCGGAAGAUGGCUUAUGGAGCUCAAGGUUGUCUUGUACAGCAGCGAGAGAGAUGAUGAAGACAAUUAUUUUUACCGGAACUAUACUAACGACGAGCCACAGCUGACGGUCAUCCAUUCACGAGGCCACGGAAACGGCACCCUGGUAAACACAGAGACAACUAUGCGUAUACCUGAUACCACGACGUUUUUUCGAACUCAUUCCGAAUCCAACCCAGAUAACAACAACGCGAUCGGUGGCCGACUUGAAUGGAAGAAUGCUUUGACCAAAAUCUUUCGGGGCAAGUUUACCAGUCUGCAUCAUAUGCCUCAAGAUUUUGGCAAAGCGCUAGGAAGUGCAGCACGUAUAUUCCAGGCUUUUGCCGAAGCAGACCCAGCAAUCAAGGAUCCUGCUCUAUUUCGCGAAUGUCAAUAUUACUUUCCUGCAGGUUACGGCGAGGAUUAUUUCAUUUUGCUCAGAGCACGUUCCCUGAGCUGA